AUGAACUUUAAGGGCGGAGUGCCCGACCAAGCAGACACUAACAAGAUUUUGCGCUUCUACCGAGUGCCCGGAUCGCGUUUCAAGAGCGUCGAAGAGUUGUUCGCUCACCACGGCUACCAGAUUGAGGGAGAGAAGUUUGCCCAGGGCGAGUACAGUCAGUUGUUCCGCGCCAGGUACACCAAAACGGGCAUUCUGGUCGCCUGCAAGCAAAUUGACUUGGCAAAAACUCGACCAGUGCUCACCUCCCGAGAGAUGUCCCGCUGCGAAUCGACCACCGCCCUGGCGUACAUCAAGAACGAGCUGCACAUGCUGAAGAUACUCUCCGAGCAGCCGUCACCACCGCCGUACAUCAUCAAGCUGUACAACCACUUUGUGGUGAACCAGAACAACGCCAGCAAUACGCUGUACGUCUUUCUGAAGCUGGCGCCGGAGGGCAGCCUCGCCCAGUACGUCCACCGCUGUGGACCGCUCACCGAGCCCGCGGCGGCCACCAUCUUCAGUCAGCUGACCGUCGCUCUGGAGUACCUGCACUUGAAGGGGCGCAUCGCCCACCGAGACGUCAAGCUGGAGGCAGUGCUGCUGCUCUCACUGCCACCCAAGGACGAUAACCCUAAGCUGACUGGCUGGAGUUCCACGCUGGUGAUGCUGACCAACUUUGGCGCCAGUCGAACGGUGACAACAGGUGCCAGUCUGAAGACGGAGCAAGGGCAAGGUCAGCAGCAGGGUCUCUGUCACACGGCCUGUGCCGGCGCUGCUGGUCAGUACACUCCGCCGGAGCUGUUGGACGAGAAGGUGCUGGCCACCAGUGGCUACAAUCCUUUCCUCGUGGACGUCUGGAUGGCCGGCAUUACCCUCUACGGCAUGGUCUGCUACCCGGCAUUUCCCUUUCCUCAG